AUACGUGACAAAAUGAUGUUGAAACAAGCACAAAAGCACGCGUAAUGGAGUUGUCACCACAAAUUUAAAAAAAAAGUGAUUUAAAGGAAAUAUACAGUCAUGUGACUUUAACAAAAACUUUAAAAGCGAAAGCUUCCUCAUUUCGACGCGCACUUUUUUUUCCUUGGAUCAAUGUUGAAUUCAUUGUCGUUUAUCGUUGUUUAUACAGAGACUAGAGGAUUGUUAUUAAUAUAACGGAUUUUGUGGUUCGUGUAUGUGUUAACCCACAUACAAACGUAAUUGAGUUAUCCAUUAAAAAUUAAAAUGUAUUACAAUAGAACUAUAUCCGUUACAGAGAACAUGAAUGAUAGUAUCACAGAAGGACUCGGGGACAAUUCAAAAAGUUCUGAAGGAUUAACUUUACAACUCCGCUUUCACAGAACGACUUUUGAAAUAGCGUUCACCUGUGUGACUUUUACUGUUGCGUUCUUUGGAUUCGUUGGGAAUCUUGUGACUAUAGGUAAAAUCGUACGCGAUUCCAAAUACCACACACCGACAUUUGCUGCUAUCGGACUUUUAGCUUUUGCAGAUUUCCUGUCGGUCACAUUUUCAAGUUUUUCUUGGUUGACAAACAUUUGGAUGUUAUGGAGUUAUGGUGUUGAGAUCACGUUAAUCAGUAUGUUCAGUUCGUACAUUCAUGUGUGUUUAAUGUCCGCUGUAAGAUAUUUAAUUACAGUCCAUCCCCUACAGAGCAGACAACAUCUAACUGUAACAGCGGUGUGUUUGUGUUCACUCACAAUGUGGAUAUUUAGCGGAAUAACUGUUACCUUUAUAAGACAAAUACAACUAAAUAUAGACGAUUCUAGUAUAGUUGAUUUACUUGUCAUUAUAUUUAUACCGUUAACAGUGUGUUCUAUAAUUAUAACGUUACAUGUUAAAAAAAUCAGAACAUUACGCAGUUCUAUGUCUGUAACAGAUCAGGCACAAAGAAGGAUGAACAUUGUUGUCACUGUGAUCACUAGUAUAUUUGUAUUAUUUAACUUGUCUCUUAUCGUAAACUAUACACUAUUCUUGAUUUAUGAUUAUGCACCGUCUCAAUGUUUAGUAUGUCAAAAAAUUUACUUUUAUUAUUUUUAUGUUUUCAUGGGAUGUGUAAACGUUUCCUGUAAUCCUUAUAUACUAUUUCUCUCACAAUUUAUCUAG